CGCUCUCUCUCUCUCUGCCUCCCCGGCCUCGGACGCGGCGAUGGCCAUCUCGACCUCAUACUCUUCCCCUGUCGAUCCAUGCCCGGAAUAUGUUGCUCUCUGUCUGCUUCAUUGCCGCAUGUGGUACCCUGCCUCUUUUUGUUUGUUUGUUUGUUUGUUUGUUUGUUUUUUUUUUUUCUUUCAUAAAAGCUGCCCCGCUGUUCGAUAUUCUUCACCGAUUGGCUCCGCAGAGAAACAGUGUGCGUCUGAGUUUUUUCGAAGUCAAUCUGGCUGAGGUGCUGCGUUGUUGCGCCAGGUGGGUCUCGACCCGAUCGAUAGACCUGUUUGUAUCGUGCCUGCAGGGUGGAUCUUAUUCUAGUUUGAAGCGCAUUCUGAGCUGAUGGGCUUCAGGGAAUGAUGGCAACUGCACGUUUCUUCUCGUUCGAUCUCCUUGCAUUCAAGGCAAGGCUGACCAGUAAUCAAAGCUUGAAGGAAUCGGAGAGGAGGGAUGUCGACAGAUAUUUUGAUAAGCGCCGCGAGUUUGCGAAGAAAAUUUUGUCCAUACAGGAAUCAGCGCAUCCUGGAAGACCGGCAGUUUUACCCGUGGCCCCAGCGAAGACAACCUUCCGGAUUCGAGUAUCCAAGGCACGUGCCCAUUGUCACCGGCACUUUCUGAGUGGAUUCGAUAAGCUGGAACUGACAGAAGCUCAAAUCGCCGAGAGACGCCACGCUCUAGCGCAAGAUCUUAUUGCUAGAGUUUUAAAGGAAUCUGAUCCAAGACCACGCCGGCGAUUGAUUCCAUUAAGCUCUCGGAACAUAAUUCUCCCGAACUCAUCGACCAGUUCGUGCAUUCAAUGGUUGCAACAGCCGUUCGAACUAUUGGCUCGAGUUGCUUCUGUUGCUGCCUCAAAACUGGAGAUCAGCCAGGCUGCCGUCAGAGUUCGCAAGCAUUCCGCCAGGGUAACGAACUUUCCUUUGGACGACAGCUUGCCCCUUCUCUCCGUCUGCGAGGCCUUUUAACAUCACGUUAACAGUAUUUUUGUGCAUAAAACGGAGCGAUUAGAUUUGAAUAAUGUGCCAGUGACUGUAAUCAAUAAGUUAUUGCCAUCGCCAGACCUAGGCUCUACAUUGUGAUUCUUGGAAACUCACCUGGCAUGCAUGUUUCCGGACACUCGCGAACUUAAUCUUGCAAUCACGUGGGGAUCAAAGUCUGUGCGUCGUAGGUUGAUGCGAUUGUGACAUGAAUAGGAUGUCUGAAUUCUUUGCA